AUGAGUUUCCCCUACAAGCAUGUCCUGCUCAUCGGAGCUACCUCUGGCAUUGGAUAUGCCAUGGCGAAUAAAAUGCUUGAACAUAACAUUAAAGUGACUGCCGUGGGCCGUCGCCAGGAACGCUUGGACGCAUGGGUACAGGAAAAUGGCACCGAGAAAGCUCAUGGGAAAGUCUUUGACAUUAGCCAUCUCGAUGCAAUCCCCCAAUUUGCAGCGGAGAUCACCAAUCAAUCCCCGGAUAUCGACUGCGUGUUUAUAAAUGCUGGCUUCCAGCUUCCGAGCGACUUCACUUCCCCCCAGACCGUUGAUUUGCCUGCGUAUCACCAAAUCAUGCACGUCAACUAUACGGCUGCUGUGACUCUGGCGACUGCCUUUCUCCCUUUUCUGUCGGAGAAGACAACUGCGACAGGUCUGAUCUUCACCCAAUCUAACCUCGCGAUCGUACCCGCGGCCUCCAUGCCGGGUUAUUGCGCAUCCAAGGCUGCUUUGAAUACAUUCGCCAUGUGUCUUCGGUCUCAACUAGCAGAGGCCAAGUCCAACGUCAAUGUGAUUGAGAUCUUUCCCCGGCUGUUCAAAAGACGUAUAGCCGAGCUGCACGACUACAUGGGGCCCGAGAAGGGCCGUCAAUUGGGAAUGCCCCUGGCGGAAUUCACGGAAAAGGCCUGGCAGGGACUAGCUAGUGGUGACGAUGAGGUCUACGUCGGGUGUAUUGGGCCGGAGGACCGCUUUUUCAGCAUCGCUCGGCAACGCCGUUCUGCUUGCGAAGAUUUUGCUCAGAUGAUGCGGAAGAUGCACUAA